UUUUCUCUGGUGCUUGCGUACAAGAGACUCAAGGGAACAGACCUUCCAUUUGACAUAAACAAUGUUAGGGAUUGCAAACUAGCUAACGCUCAUCAGAGCUUCAUCGUCGGAAAGAGAGCGAGAGGGAAGAGCUCACCUCUGUCCAACAGAACACAGUGCUGACGCACAGUUCUGUUCUCUGCAUUAAAGACUGUGCUUCCCACAGCGUAGGUUUGAGAGGUUUUUCAUAAUGGACUUCUUCAACUCAGCUCUUGGAAAAAACAUCACUUUUGUGCGUCCUGAAUUUUUCAUAAUAAGUGGAUUUAUUGGCAUACCCAAUAUCAAUUAUUACUAUGUAUUCCUCUUUUUUGUUUACAUUGUUUCAGUGUUGGGAAACACUGCUGUGAUGGCCAUAAUAUACUUGGACCAUAGGCUGAGAACUCCAAAAUAUAUUGUAGUUUUUAAUUUAGCAUUUGUGGACCUGUGUGGUAGCUCUGCUUUGGUGCCAAAGGUUCUUGAUAUCUUUCUGUUUAACCAUCAGUACAUCCCCUACGCUGACUGCUUGGCAUUUCUUUUUUUCUGCUACACGAGUCUUUCAAUGCAGGUUCUUAAUCUAGUUGCACUCUCGUAUGACAGACUGAUAGCUAUCAUCUACCCACUGCACUACCAAGUGAAGGUGACCCACAGGUUCAUGCUGUCUUUGAUUGCCUGUUUCUGGGUCUUUGUUAUUACUGUUGUACUUAUUGCAGUGGGCCUUCUAACGAGACUUUCCUUUUGUAAGUCUGUGGUUAUUAACAGCUAUUUCUGUGACCACGGCCAGAUAUAUCGACUGGCUUGCAAUGACAAGAAACCUAACGAUGUCAUUACUCUGUUUUUAAUAGUUGUAAUUCUUUGGCUUCCACUCACAUUUAUUCUGUUUAGUUAUUCGUGUAUCGGCUAUGCAUUGUCUAAAGUUGCCACAGUUCAUGAAAGAGUGAAGGCCUUUAAAACCUGCACAGCUCAUCUUUCGCUAGUGAUUAUUUAUUUCAUUCCAAUAUUAGUCACAUUUACUAUGACUUCAAAAAUAUCUCCGAAUGCCAGGAUCCUAAACCUGUCUCUGACCUCUGUCUUUCCUCCAAUGCUGAACCCAAUCAUUUAUGUUUUGCAGACGCAAGAAAUCAAAGAAUCUAUGAAAAAAAUAUUGAAAUUUAGAAAGAAAUCCCAAAUUACAGUGAAGAGAGAAAUCAUGCAAUGAUUAUUUGUGUAUUUAAUUUGGACAUUGUUUUAAUGCCAUCAGGUUAACUUUUGUUUUGUUAACAUCUGCACACAUUUGAACAUUUAAUUCAACACAAGUUAUUCCAUCAAAAAUAAAUUAUAAUAAUUGAGCUUUAAAUAAAUAAACUAACUAAUAGAUAGCACAAAACAGUAAACAUUAGAAAUACAGUGUGUCAGGUUUAACACACCUACAAUGAGAGUGUUCUGCUAUUUGUUUUAUCUGUGCUUGUGUAUUAGGAGGAUAUUCUGGGAACACAUUAUUGUGAUCAAAGUGUGUGUCUCUGUGCAUGUUGUCUUGAAGGACUCUACUGUAUAUUAGAAAACUAAUUGUGUCUUCAAUUUAGUCUUUUACAGCAUAAUAAAAAGCAUACAAAUAAACCAAUUUAGAAUUCAUUAA